AUGGCGACCGCGUUCAGCACGGCAGACGCCGCAAUCAUUGAGCACCAAGUCGAGCUGGACCAAGAUGCUGUACAAGCUACAGCCUCUGCGUCAGGGCGAGAUUUGCUUGCUCUUUAUGAUAUUGAUGCUACCGCACACCGACUCGUGUUGACAAAGGAGGGCGCCCAGAGGCAGCCGCCUCUCCAACGCGUGGCACUUCAGUUCCCCGAUGAGGCACUCAUUGAUGCCGUACCUGUAUACCAUGCGCUGAACCACGCCCUUGCUGCCCUUACAAAAACGCCGCCCACGCUGUAUAUUCUUGCAGACACCAGUUAUGGAAGCUGUUGUGUGGACCAAGUCACAGCGUCGCACGUCCAGGCGGAGGCCGUCGUGCACUAUGGCCACACAUGCCUGAGCCCGACGUCCCACAUGCCCACCCUGUAUGUUUUUCCCAAGCUUGCCGCGGAUAUCGACGAUACCACACAGGGUCUCUUGCGAGCAGCCGAGAAGCUGUCCUCGGAUCCCAAAGCGGUGAUUCUUACGUACGACGUGGCCUAUACCCAUCUUAUGGAGCAUGUAUAUACCAAAAUGCUGCAGCAAUGGAAGCAUCGAGCACCCCUUGUUCUAACCCACAUGGACGUGAAUCAGCGAUUCGAUGCCAUGUGCACAGAGAAUGCUCACGCACGAGCCGCGCGUGAGUCGUCGGAAUCGUCACAGGGAUGCCAGUCUUGUGGCGCCUGCACACGAUGCACCUCUGACAAAAGAGAUGGACCCGCGAACACUUCGUCUAUGGAGCCGACCUCAUCAUUGCUGGGUAUGCGCCAAAUGCACCUGCCACCAGGUACCUCGCUCCACGACACGGCCGCUUUGUACCUAGGCCCUGAAUCACGCGCACUUACGCACCUCCUUCUCACACUUGGACCACAGUACGACAUGGCAUCGUAUGAUCCCAAGACGCAAGCUGUGCGCACUGAGACGGGCAAGACAAAUCGACUUCUUAUGCGCCGCUACGCGACGAUUCAAAAAGCGCGCGAUGCCUCCGUCGUAGGCCUUGUGGUAGGAACACUUGGCAUCCAUGCAUACCUCCCGCUCCUCAAAGAGCUUCGUCGCAUCCUAACAUCGCGGGGAUCACGACGUAAAGUGUACACCAUCAGUGUCGGCAAACUGAAUCCAACCAAACUGGCCAACUUUUUGGAGAUUGAUGUAUUUGUCCUUGUGGCAUGCCCCGAAAACUCGCUGCUGGAUACGCGCGACUUCAUGCGCCCCGUCGUGACGCCUUGGGAAAUGAUGCUGGCUGUGCAGGCGCGUGGCGGCCAAGAAGUUCCGUGGACGGGGGCCUACGUUCUCGACUUUGCGAAUGUCAUGCGCGACGCGUCCCACAUGGAUACGGAAUCCGCACAGGACAGUGACGAAGACGAGCAGCCACACUAUUCGUUCGCCACCGGCACCUACGUCACACGCACUAAAUACGGUACGUCUUCGUCGGGUAGUGAGACCGACACGACAUCUCGCGCUCUAGAGCGCUUGUCUCUUCAGCCUCACGAAGUGGCCGUGCGAGAUCCGCAGUCGGGUCAGAUGCUCAAGGUGCUGGACAGUGCUUCGCUCGCGCAUCGCUCUCAACGUACAUGGCAGGGACUCGAUCCUAACGAAGGUGCACCCCACGCAGCCGUGCUCGAACAGGGCAUGGCCGGCUUCGCUCAACGCUAUACCAAUGCUGACGGCACACCCGAGGGCCAGGCGUGCCAUGAUGCCUCGUAG